AUGACUGCAGUACCAGAUGAAAGCUAUCAAAAUAUUUUUCAUAUUAGAGAUCAUUUUACACGAUUUUCAUAUGCUAAGCCAUCACAAUCCAAAUCAGCUAAAAAUGCAGCAAUGUGUUUAUUUAAUUUCUGUAUGAUAUAUGGUCCUCCCGCAGUUCUUCAUUCUGAUAAUAGAAAAGAAUUUGUUGGAAAAAUUGUUCAAGAAAUAUUAAAUAUUUGGACAAAUAUAAAAAUAGUUCAUGGUCGACCUAGGAAUCCUCGAUGUCAAGGUCUUAUUGAAAAAGGCAAUAAUAUACUUCAAACAAAAUUAGGAUCUUGA